AUGGCAGGUCCGCCUGAUCAUGAGAAAGAAUUCGCCACUUCCGAUCCUGCAGCGGCAUUGGAAGAUACAACUCAUGAAGAGCCACGAGAUGAGGAUGGGUCUGAUAGAGAGUAUUUAGAAACGCAUGGUGAACUAUCGACUCAUCAAAAUUCACUCGAUGUUGGAAACCGCGAGAAGGAAUUUAUGAAAAUUUCAAGCCCAGGUGGUGUGGAUAGCCAUUCAUCAGAGGGGGAUUUCGACCAUGAGAAACGACCAGACAUAAAGCGGAUUCAAAGUUAUGCAACAUCUAAUAGUGCUGUAACGAGAACAGAUUCAAAUGUAGAUCAUCCUGUUGUCACAAAAGCAUGGUACAAAAAGAUCAAUCCAUUGAAAUGGGGCUCUGUUCCUCCCGUUCCAGAAACCCGAACACCAUCCAAAGAAUACACAGCCUCUUUAUUUUCUUUAAUAUACUUCCAAUGGAUGGCACCUAUAAUGGAUGCUGGUUAUCGGCGACAACUCGAACAUAAUGAUAUCUGGACGGUAAACCCAAAUCGAAGUGUGGACUUAUUAACGGAAAAAUUACAAGCAUCUUUCAAACGAAGAGUGGCAAAUGGGGACAAAAAUCCACUGAUAGGGGCCUUGCACGAAACAUUCAAAUUCGAGUUCUGGGUAGGAGGAGCUUGUCAAGCUAUGUCAAAUAUCCUCCAAGUUAUUUCACCUUUUACACUACGAUAUCUGAUUACAUUUGCCUCAGACGCAUACAUAGCGGCACAAGAAGGACUUCCUGCGCCUAACAUUGGAAAAGGAUUAGGACUCGUGUUUGGUAUCACUAUAAUGCAAAUGUUGCAAUCUCUGGGUACCAAUCAUUUUAUAUAUCGUGGUAUGAUGGUUGGAGGGCAAUCGAGAGCCGUGCUUAUUUCGGCCAUUUUCGAAAAGGCUAUGAAAAUCUCUGGGCGAGCCAAGGCCGGAGGUCGUUCGAUCAAGAGCCAAGAAGAUGAAAAGGCUGCUCAGCAAGCUCAAGAUCUAGUCGAACAAGCUAAGGGCAAGAAAGGCAAGAAGAAUUCGGGUCCCAAAGGAGCACCAGAUGCGGGGCGGGGAAUAGCAGGUGAUGGUACAGGAUGGGCAACAGGAAAAAUCCUGAAUCUCAUGGCCACGGACACCUACAGAGUGGAUCAGGCAAGCGGCAUGUUCCAUUUGAUCUGGACAGCACCCAUUUCUUGCGUUAUUACUUUGAUACUCCUUCUCAUCAACUUGACCUACAGCGCUCUUGCAGGUUUUGGACUGCUGGUCGUCGGUCUUCCCUUGUUGACCAAGGCUGUCAAAAGACUUUUUGCAAGACGGAAGGCUAUCAACAAAAUCACUGAUCAAAGACCCAGCACGAGUGUUCUCAUCUCUUGCUUUGUUCAACUCAUUACGAUUGCCGCUAAACCUACUGCCCAUGGUCAUUGGGCAGGUUAUCGAUGCUUGGUCGUCAAUUCAUCGAAUUCAAGAGUAUUUACUCAGUGA